GACAGUGCUAAACUCAGGCUGUAUUUUGAAGAAUUUUUUUUUUCUCUUCCAGCCGUAAAGCAAUUUACUUACACCUAGAGAAAUUUGAGACUGUGCUUGUUGAAUUCAAAGGAGACAAGUGUGAUUUGGUGCUGUCAUGGUUCUGCUUUGUAAAAUUGCAUGUCAAGAGGGCAGCUUUACUUGGUUGAUACAGUAGCAGGAGAUCCAGAGGCUCUGCAAGCAGAUGCUGAAACAUACUAUGAAAAACUCGUGAAGAAAUCAUUGUCCACUCCUGAUGUUUUUUCCAUCCCGGGAGGAGGAGAGGUUAAACUUGAAGAUUCCUGUGUGUGUUUUGUCCCUCUCUACCGAAAUAAUCCUGCUUGCAAACUGUUGCUGUUAACUGAUCCAAAGGAUAAGGAGACAGUUUUGGCAGUUUAUUUGAGCCAGCGUUGGUGGCCUGUGGAAGAUGUUGUGAAGACAGCUGAUCCUUCUAGAGAUGGGCUCAUUUUGGUCCAGACAGUUGGAGAAAGGAUUGUCCUCUUUGUUCUGAACUGCAUUAUUUUUGGAAUGCUGGAAGGGAGUUCAGCUAAUGAUGCAUUCUUUCUACCUCACUCUGCCACCGAGUGUGCCAAGAUACUCUGGAGAAACGGCGAGGCUGCUGCCUUUUACUCGAUCAAGAUGAAAGGGAGCUUGUGUGAUGGUACAACCAGUCAGUGUUACCUGUUGCCAGUUUUGGAUACUAUAUUCGUCCGGAGAAAGUACAGAAGAGGUGGCCUAGGGAUGAAAAUGUUGCAUGAUUUCUGUCAGUCUUUCCUGGCUGAGGAUGCCUUGGGGAUCAGCUGCCCUAUUUCUGCUGCCAUGUAUCAAGGUAAACUGUUUGAUGUGGACACGUUAGUUUGCCAGAAAUUCCUGCAGGCUCAUCUUGAGGAGCAGAAGCGGCUAUGGGAGGUGGAAGCACCAGGAGAUUGGAGCCAGCGAGUGAAUAUCUGGUUAAAAAUUCAGAUGGAGUCACCCCCUUCCAGAAAGGCUGAAGUGGGCUCUUGUAUGGAGAAGACUCCAACCGGUAAACCCAGACAAUCAGAUAUGGACCAGAUGAAUAAGGGUAUUGAAUGCUUUCCUGGGGUUGGGAAAGUGGCAGGCGUUGCCACAGAGAAAAAAGAUGACACAACAGCAGCAAGAACUCUAAACUCACAAGGUCCUGAAGAGGAGGGCUUGGAACAAGGUGCAGGCAGUGCUCAGCAAAAUAAAGGACUCAGGAAAAGACCAGGUCCUGGAGACUUAGCUGGAGACAAGGCCACCAAACAAUUUAAAGCUACACCAUAAUUGCUAUUUCAAAUACCAGCAAAAUUCAGUAUGAUCUUAAAAAUUGUAAUUGAUUGUUCUUGAUUUGUAACACUGGAGAGAUUUCUUCAGGUAAGAUGAAAAUUUUUGCAGCACAUGCUCUCCAUUUUAUGUUUUGUUUUAAAUAAAGCUUUUAUUUACUAAA